AUGAAGCCUGCCAAUAAUGUUGAUGCUGAAGAUGCAACAAGUCAAGUUGAUGAUGUUCCUGUGCCACUUCAGACUGUGCAACCAGAACAAGAAAGGAGGACAAGGAGCAAAAAGAAAAUGGAUCUCAAAUCACAAUCAGAUGAUGAAGAUGAAAACAGAGAGGCACAAUCAGAUGAUGACGCUGGUUCAGACUUUGCAUUGCAAGACUCUGAUUAUGAUCUCAGUGAUGAUGAUGAUCUUUAUGAAGACAAUGUGGAUGAUGAUGAAGGAAAGGUGAAGAAGACACAAGUUAAAGAAAAUGUCAAAGUGGAAGGUGAUGGUGAUUCAGAAGAAGAAGACCUGUGGGCUCCUGAUUCAGAUGAUGACAAGGUUGAAAUGAAGCUCAAGACUUUCAGAAAGGAGGAUCUAAGCAAUGUGUCACUCCAUGUUGGCCUGAAAUUUGCUGAUGGUGCCAUGGUUAGAGCUGCUAUCAGGGAAUACAGCUGCCAAAACAGGAGACAAAUCAUUCUACCAAUCAAUGACAGGACAAGGAUAAAUGGAAAGUGCAGAGGCAGUGAUACAUGCUCCUGGAAUAUCUGGGUUAGCUAUGAUAAUAGGACAAAAUGUUGGAUGGUAAAGACUUAUGAACCAAGGUAUAGUUGUAGGAAGAAGUGGAAUGUUAGGGCCUUCACUGCAGAUUUCAUAGCAAGAAAGUUCAUGGAGUCAUUCAAGGCUCACCAGGACAUGAACCUAAAGAAUUUUCAGAGACUUGUUCAAAAGGAUUGGAAUAUGACUCCUAGUAGCAGUAAGUUGAGAAGAGCAAGGAGGAUAGCAAUGAGAAGGAUCUAUGGGGAUGAAGAAGCACAAUACAACAUGCUUUGGGAUUUUGGCAAUGAACUUAGGACAACCAACCCUGGCAGCUCAUUCUACUUGGCCCUUGAUGAAAAUGCAAGAUUCAGAAGGUGUUACAUGAGAUUGCAAGCAUCAAAGGUUGGAUUUCUUGAAGGCUGCAGGCCCAUUAUAUUUCUGGAUGGCACUCGUAUAAAAACAAGGUAUAGAGGGCAACUCUUAUGUGCAGUAGGCAUAGAUCCCAAUGACUGCAUCCUGCCUAUUGCUAUUGCUCCUGUGGAAGUUGAAGAUACUGAAAACUGGACAUGGUUCCUGGAGACAUUGAAAAAGGAUCUGGACAUUGUGAACACAACUCCUUGGACAGUCAUGUCUGACAAGCAAAAGGGUCUGAUAGCUGCAGUGAGGGAUCAGUUUCCAGAUUCAGAACACAGGUUCUGUGUUAGACACUUGUGGCAGAAUUUUCAGGUACAUUUCAAAGGUGAUGCACUCAAGAACCAAUUGUGGGUUAUUGCUAGAAGUGCAACCGUUGUCAAGUAUGAGAAGAACAUGGAGCAGAUGAAGGCAUUGAACCCAAAUGCACAUGCAUGGAUGGAUAAUUUGGACCCAAAGACAUGGGUUAGGGCAUUCCAAAGUGAUCUUGCUAAGUGUGACAUCUUGUUGAAUAACAACUGUGAGGUCUUCAACAAGUAA